UUGAAUAGGCUUUUAAGUUUCUAAUAUCGGUUAUGUUUAAGUUGCACUUCCGGGUUGAAAGGUCAUCAAGAUGGCGCCCUCCAAGAAGAAACAUGUCCGUAGCGAGUCCUGUGUUAUUCCUGGAGGAUUUACAGAACUGUCCUUACAGUUUAGCUCCGACAGUGUUUCACAGCAUAAGCUGUAUGUAAAGGAGCACAGAGUUCGGGCAGAUAAAAGCAGCAGGCCACUGGACCGGACUCUGUUUGUCCUCAACAUCCCUCCUUACUGUUCAAAGGCUGUUGUAACUGAGCUGUUCUCGCAGUUUGGUACCGUUCACUAUGUGGAGCUAUGCGACCAGCCCGGUUCUUCCCAGCAAACCGAACCCACAGUGUCUCCGAUGUUCAAACCAGCAGAGAAACAGGGUUUCAACGUUGGCUACAUUGUGUUCAAAAACGCCACCAGUAUAAAAGCUGCUAAAUCACACCCGCAUGAUGUUCCACUGGUGGUCAGCACAGAGCAGCAUCCAGUGAAAACAGGAGUACAGAAAUGGAUUCAACAGUACAGAAACUCCUUUAUCAGCACAGACAAGAUACAACAAGUCGUCGACUCCUUUAUGGAAGAUUACGACAAGAGGAAAGAGAUGGAAGCUGAGCAGCAGAGGAAAGAAGCUGAGCAGCAGCAGGAGGAUGAGGAGGGCUGGGUAAAAGUGAGCAGAGGAAACAAGGGCGCCAAGGCUCGUCCCUACAGCGAGGCAGCCAACCAGAGGACUCUACAGAAGGAGAUAAAGAAGAAGAAGCGGAAGGAGCUCCUGAACUUCUACACCUGGCAGCACAGAAAAACACAGAGAGAGCACAUUGCUGAACUGCGGAAGAAGUUUGAAGACGAUAAGCAGAGGAUCACUCUGCUGAGGGCACAGAGGAAGUUCAAACCUUACUGAGUAACAGGAGGUUUGGUUUCUACAUCAGGUUUUCCCUCAUCUCUAACCAUUCACAUUAGUUUUCAUUUUUCCUGGCACCUCAAGAGUCUAUGGACAUUGGACCUUUGUCAAAACUCUGUAGGUUUACAGAACCAGUCAUUCCUGAAUUUCUUUUUGGGGAUUAAUAAAGCUUCUUUUCCACAACUUA